GAUUGAUAUAUAAAAAUGUUUAAGUGCUGCAUUUGUAACAAUAUAUCGAAGAAAACAAAUGCCGAGAAAAAAUCGAAAACAGACGACGCACCGAUUGGAUCGCCUGGACUAUCUGCAAUAUCUGCAAAAGUAGAUGACGAGAUUAAAAUUUUAAUGAGAACGGAUAAACUGAACGGCAAUUUGCAGAGAUCGGAAGAUACAUUUUCAACUGCGUUGAACUUUACUCCAAUUCGCAUUAAUUCCACGAUAAAGAAUUCUUGUGAGAUUACACAAAAUGAACAUGCCAAUAUUAAAGAUAAGUCAAAUCUUGUUUCGAUAAAAAAAGAAACCGGCAAUUUAAUUGAUAAAGAUAAUAGCAAUUUUGAUGAUAUUGUUGAAGAACAAACGGAAAAUGUGAAUUUUGGUGCUAAAUGCACUAUUAAAACAAAUCUUUAUGAUGCAUCAGGAUACAUAGAAAGAACGAUCGAUGAUGGACCGGAGGAUGAAGGCGAUGAUUCGGUUUUUGAAGCCUCUUCGAAUGGAAAUGAAACGGCUAAGAAAACGCUACCAGUUGCUUCAAUUCCACAUUGGUUGUUGGAGGAAGACAACGGCGAAUACGCCUCAGAAGCAUGUAGCGGCAUGCAGGAGCCGCCAGCGACGCCAGUCGCUCGUGAUGAGCUAGCUUUAAGGCGGCACAGAUUCUUCUCCGAUUUGUUACAAGCUGCGCAGAAUUCGACGGAACACAGAGUGAGAUUCGACCCACUAGGACCGAUGGUGCACACCGGUUACGAAAGUAGUGACAAAGAAGAAUAUCUAGAAGAAUUGCUGAACCGGCUAGAAAACGUAACAAGACGACUCGAAAAAGUACACUGUGCAGUCCAAACUCAAGACACUGCUAUACAAACAAAUAUACUUUCUCCCAAGAAAUCCACGAAGCCAGAUAUAAUUUUGAAUCAGUCAAUAAACAUGUCUAUAGCCGGAUAUGAAGAUCUUUUGAAUGGGCCACUUAAAAAAUACUUAGAAUUAAGUCAAAAGAUUGGUGGUGAUGUAGCUACUCAUAGCAAGUUUGUGGAGAAGGCUUUUCAAAUUCAACUUCAAUUCGUGCAAACGGCGGCGAACCGUUCUGCACCGGCAAAUCAAUCUGAACAAAUAUCUCUGCUUGCGCCUAUGUCUAUGCAGAUUCAGCAGAUUCAAGAAUUUCGCGAAAGAAAUCGUGGAUCGCCAUUUUUUAAUCACUUAUCAGCAAUUAGUGAAAGUAUUCCGGCUUUAGGAUGGGUUGCUGUAUCUCCUACACCUGCUCCAUAUAUAAAAGAAAUGAAUGACGCUGGUCAAUUUUAUACCAAUCGUGUAUUGAAAGACUGGAAGGAAAAGGAUAAAAUGCACAUAGAUUGGUGUAAAGCGUGGAUACAAACGUUAACCGAUCUUCAACAAUACGUUCGCCAACAUCAUACAACGGGUUUAGUAUGGGGAAAAACUAGUAUUGCACCUGUGGGUAUACCACCUCCUCCACCUCCCUCGAUGCCAACUGAAGAUAUUUCAUCAGUGGUAAAUGAUGACAGAAGCGCCCUUUUUGCUCAGAUAAAUCAAGGAGAAAAUAUCACAAAAAAUUUGAAAAAAGUUACUUCAGAUAUGCAAACGCAUAAAAAUCCUGCUUUGAGAUCCGGACCUGCACCAUUUAAAGCACCAGCAGUUACGAAUGUGACACCGAUAAAAAAUGUGUUAUUGGCAAAUGUACCUAUUGACAAAUCACCAGUAUUUACUCGUGAUGGUAAAAAAUGGCUUGUGGAGUAUCAGAAAGGAGAAAAUUUAGUAAUCGAUAAUGUGGAAAUGAAUAAUGUUAUUUAUAUGUUUCGAUGUCAAGAUAGUACACUUACUAUUAAAGGCAAAGUAAAUUCCAUUAUUAUGGAUUCUUGUCGUAAAUCAUCCGUUGUAUUUGAUUCUCUUGUAUCCAGUAUCGAAUUCGUUAAUUGUCAAAGCGUACAAAUGCAGGUUCUUGGGAAAGUACCUACAAUUUCCAUUGACAAAACGGACGGUUGUCAAAUGUAUUUAAAUACAGAAUCUCUGAAUGUUGAACUUAUUACUAGCAAAUCUAGUGAAAUGAAUGUUAUGGUACCCAAAGCUAAUGGAGAUUAUAGUGAAUAUCCAGUACCAGAACAAUUUAAGACUACUAUUAACCAGAAUGGUCUUAAUACUACAGCUAUCGAUUCACUUGGUUAAAAGCUUAAGAGAUUUGUUUAAAUGCAUAUAGCCUAUCUUCUUAACAAUAUAACUCAUUAAAAGUAUGAUUGUCACAGAGAUAUUGUCAAUUUAUUAAUAUUAUUAUUUAUUGUUUUCUUUAUAGAACUAAAAAAAAGAUUAAAUACUGCAUAUCUUACCUAUGUAUAACAAUUUGACUUACUGUUAGUAUAUAUAAUUAGAUUUCAAAUGGAUUUGUAUAAUGAAUUGUAUAAUUAUUAUUAGCAGAUGCAUUCGAUGAUAAGCAGUAAAUUUAUUAAAAUUUCUUAAAAAGAAUUUUAUUAUAAAAAUAUUCUAAAAAUAUUUUAUUAUAAAAAUAUUCUAAAAAUAUUUUAUUAUAAAUUGUCAAAUUAUAGUCAACAUAAAUUAUAUCAAAAUAGUCAGUUCGCAAAUCUUACUAUAAAGCUCUCCUAAAGCUUUCUCCAUUGCAACGAUAUUGUAAUGUGAUAUCAGAAGUAAAAAAGUGAUUUGUUUUCUUACUAAAUAUAUAAAAAUAAAUUAAUUUUUUUUUGUAUAUCACUACUUGCGUUUCCAUAAUAUGUAUUGCAAAAAAUCUCUUUUAUUAUUGUUUACUUGCAGUAAAUUCAUAUGUAACCAAAUCUAUUCUAUCCUAUAUAUAUAUUCUAUAUUCUAUAUAUAUUUACAACGGAAAUACAUUUUUUUACAAUUGAUUAAGAUUUACGGUUAUUUAUUAUUAAUCGACGAAUUCCGAAAAAAGAACUUGUCUAUUUUACCAAAAUAUACUAUCAAACACGAGUGAUGGCGUACGACAAAAAUUAAUUUAUUUUAAUACAUUAAAAAAAUUUUUAUGAAAUUUUUUCACUUAUAAUGUAAAAAUUUAAUAUUACGCAAGCAUCAAUAAUUUUAUUAAUUAUAAUAUAUUAUUAAAGAUUAUCACGGAAUUUUUUUAAUGGACAAGUAUUUACAUAGUAAAUUUGAAAAAAAGAUGAUAUUAAUGAUGGUAUUAUCUGAUAUAUACAUAUGAUAUAUACAUAUUAUCGAUUAAAAAUGUUAUCAUCUUUGAAUAGCUUUUUUAUAUAUUUACAUCAUUUUCUAUGGUACAAGAAAUUUUGCUCAAAAACUUAUUGCUUCAUCUUUACUAAAUAUUAAAUUGAAUAACUAUUGUACACGUAUAGUUAACAGGAAAAAAAUUACUAGGCCUCCAAGCAUUACUCAUGAAUGGUAUUGAAUGUUAUCAUAAAUAGUUCGAUAUGCUUUGCCUCUGAUAAAUUUUUGCUCUAUGUAUAUCACUUGCUACUAUAUAGUAUUUAUUAAUAAUGGAAUAUUAUAAAUAUAAAUAUAAAUAUAAUAAUUGAAAAUUCUCUUGAGUAGGAAUCUAACAGCGUGAUAUCUCUAAUGAGAGUUAGUAUUAUUAAUAUUAAUACUGAUAAUAUUAGUAGUAGUAUUAAUAGUAUUAAUAUUAAGUAAUAUUAAGUAAUAAUAUUAAGGAAUAUUAACUUACUUAUAUUAAAUGAUAAGUUUAUAACGAACAAUAGCGAUAUUAUAAGCAAAUUUUUCAUUUGUCUGUAUCUCACAAUUGUAAUAAAUACAUACUUUUAUGUAGACUA